AUGCGCCGCUUUUGGAAUAAUUUGAUUGAUGAAUCUAUUUUGAUCGUCGUCGCGAUUGCAACUGCGGCUGUGCUGUGUUCUUCUCAGGGCACUCCGGGAGCAGAUGGCCAGAAGGGCGAUCAGGGUCUGAACGGAGAUCAGGGCUCUCCUGGACCCGAGGGUCUUCCGGGCAUCGAAGGUCCAGAGGGGCCCAAGGGAUUCGAAGGACCAAGAGGAGAGAAAGGCCCGCCAGGAGCCGCCGGAGAAAAAGGAAAACUGGGCAUCCCGGGGUUUCCCGGCUACCCUGGCUCAUCCGGACCGAAGGGAGAGAAAGGGUUUCACGGUAAACCAGGAGAGAAGGGAGACAAGGGAGAUCGGGGACCCACUGGUCAGCAGGGCGAACGAGGGCAGAUCGGACCACGGGUAACUACGGAGAUUUCGAGUUACUUCAUCUUUCCUAUUUCUAAAGUGUUGACUAUAGGCGCCGAAGCGAUGCAUUACCUUUAA